UUGAAACAGUCCCUCUUGUACUCGACUCUGGAGCUCGAGGCAGCUCUCGUUUCUGCUCACGACGAAAUCUCGAGAAAAGACGACGAGAUCCUCCAGCUCAAGUCCCUACUCUCGACCGUCAUCAAAGAAAGAGACCAACUCCACGCGAAACUCGAAAAACAACACCUCAUCCUCCAACAACAAAUCAAUAAUAUUAAUAUCCCGAGCGAAACCCUUCCAAUCUCAACCAGCAACGAAGAAGACCACAAUAACACCGUGGACCGUUGCACAUCCGAUUCUUGUGACGACAAUCUCAACAUUCUCUCGGACAUAACCGAGAGAAUCGUGUUAAAAACUCCUCUGCCAGAGCAGGGGAAGUUCCUGCAGGCGGUGAUGGCCGCGGGCCCGCUGCUCCAUAGCCUCCUGCUGGCGGGCCCGCUGCCACGUUGGCAGCAUCCGCCACCUCAGCUCAACUCGAUUGACAUUCCACCUGUCGUGAUCCAGUCGACCAGAAUCGUGACGAGUCCCAAGUAUCAGAGAGUUUGUUCACCGCCACCAAUCAUCAGUGAACCGAAAAAUUAG